AAAUGAACUACCUCACGAAACACUCGGUGACCACACUGUCUCCAACAACUCUCUCUGCACUCUCUCUCUAUCUAGAAAUAGGAAGCUCGCACCCUCUCUCUCUAGCUUCAUUGUUGUACGGUCAACUUCGUCGGCGCGAUUCUCUCGCUCUCGGAUUCUCCGAGGUUAGAGAUCUGUUCUCCGAGUAAUUAUUCCGCUGAUCUAGUUUUUGCUGUUACUCAGUCGCUUCUCCCGAUUCUGGGUUUCCCGCAUGAGAAAAUCCUCCAGAUGGGAUCAAGGGCCGUGCAUAAGAAUGCUGGGUUGAAGAAUUAGUCUGAAUCAGGAUUUAUUGUCUCAUACUUGAAAUGCUGCCAAUGGAAUGCGGUGUGGAGGUGAAGAAGGGCCCGAGUGUUCGCCCGCCUUUUGUCGCCUCUGAGAAGAAGGUAAUGAUUCGGGAGACCCAAAAGACAAGUCCACAAGAAAAGUUACAGGGUGAUAGACGUGGAUUAUCAUACUCUGAUUUUCAUCGUGAGGUUACAAAAAAUGUUGAAGACGUCUAUCCUAAACGUUUGGAGAACCGGCUAAAGCCACGGAUAGGUAGAACUGCAUCAGGAGAAAGAGAAAUUGUCAAGUACAAGUCUUAUGUGCCAAACUAUAUAAAGAAAGGUGAAAAGCUCCUAGAGAAGGAUGUAAAAAGUGGUAGCAUCGGUUUACUGGAUGUGAACAAGAACACCGGCUCCUCAGUGUCCAGUACAUCAUCGUCAUUGUGGACUGAUGAAUCAUCUAAUGAUUCCAGCAGGGGUAUGUCUGUUUCUUCUUCUCAUAAAAGGAUGAAUAACCCCCCACUGCAGUUCUAUCUGAUGUCAUCUAAGCCAGGGAAUUGUCCUCAAGUUUCUAGACCAUCUGAAGAGGCUAAUGAAACUUUGGAAACAGACAGUGCUUUGAAAGAAAACACCACGAAAGAAUGUGGGGCUUCCAUUGGAGGAGAUGGAUGUUUUCAGCAAAGCCCAUCUGGUGCUGUGUUGCAACAGCAUGAAAAGGAAAAAUCUGAUUAUAAGACUGUUCCAACAAGUGGAACUUUCUCAAAUUUGUCAAAGCCAAAUAUUCCUCCAUGCACAAGAGUAAUACCGAAGACUCAAGCUGAUGAUCCUAAGAAAAAAGGGGAGAAGUUGGAUGACAGAAUUCGAAAUUCUCGUGUUCAUGAUCUAUUUGGCAAAGAAAAGACAGCCCCGGUAUUUGUACCAGGAAUUGUUCCCCAGAAACAAUUUAUUGGGUUGUCAAAGUUCUAUGAUACAAAAGUGUUUUUGGCUGAGAGAGUGGCAGAAACAGAUCGAAAAGGUGUUCCUGGUAGGUCGGUGUACAGGCAAGGUGGAGUCUUGGAUUCUGGUGCGUCUCUUUCUUGUCCUUCCCCACGCGAAGCUGAUAAUAACAAGCCAUUUCUAAAGCGUAUCAGCUUCAUGAGUUUGGAGAAAAACAAAUUUUCAUCAGAAAGAUCUCGUUCAGCUCCACGUUCUACAAAGGCUGAAUCCAGUCCUACUAGGGGCAGAACUCUUGACAGAAGGUCUGCAGUAACGCCAUCUAAACAGUCAGAUCAGGGGUCAGCUAAAGUUCUGUCGGAGAGGGCAAGGAGCAUUUCACCGUUUCGCCGACUCAGUUUCAGCAUUGGAAAGUCCAUCAAAGGCUCCGAUCCUAAAGAUGCUCAUACUCCUCCACAUUCAUGCACAACGAAUAUUUCUUCACGGCCCAGUUCAGAAGAUCCAUCUUGCUCUUCUUUCUCAGGCAGCUCCUCUUUUGAUAAAACUAGUUCAACAAGAAGAGGCAGGUCUAGUCCAUUGAGAAGAUUACUAGACCCGCUGAUAAAACCAAAAACGAGCAACUCUUGCAAGUCUCCUGAGCCAUCACAAAGGGCUGCUUACCAGAAGCAUAUUUUCUCUGACAGUCAACCAUCUUCUUCAACUUUUCUGUCAAGAAACGGAAAACUGUCAACUGUCCAGGCACUUUUCCGUGUGACAUCUAAGAACGACCAGCCACUCUUCACGUUUGCAGUUGACAAGGAACAAAAUAUAACAGCAGCCACUAUAAGAAAACAGAAUUCCUUGGAAAAAGAUGGCUCUGGCUACAAAUACACGUUCUUUGCAGUUCAGGAGGUUAAGAAGAAGAGUGGAAAGUGGAUUAACCAUGGUAGCAAAUGCCAAAGCCAAGAGUACACAUCCAAUAUUGUUGCUCAGAUGAGAGCCUCGGGAUCUCAAUCCUCCAUUCCCACGGGAGGGGAUUGCUUUGAUCAGUUCAUGACCCGAGAAUUUGUCCUCUUUUCAUCUGAAUCUCAGCGGACAAACGAGCUAGCUGCCAUUGUCGUCAAGAUCCCAACAGCUGUUGAUAGGAAUUCGUCCAAUGACCUUUGCCAAGACCAGACACUCGGCGAAACACAGAGAAGCACGACUGUAAUACUUCCAAGUGGAAUUCAUAGUCUUCCACACAGAGGAGGGCCUUCAUCACUGAUCCAACGGUGGAAAUCUGGUGGAGCAUGCGACUGUGGAGGCUGGGACAUGGGCUGCAACCUUAGAAUCCUCACCAGUCAGAAUCAACCCAGCAAACCCUCUUGCUCGUCGGAGCCUCCCUCUACUUCAGAUGGGUUCAAGCUUUUCUUUCAGGGAGGAGUAUCAGAUAAUCGGCCAUUCUUGCGUUUUACGACAUACAAGGAUGGGGUAUACGCAGUUGAGUACAACUCAUCGCUCUCGCUCUUGCAAGCAUUUUCGAUAUGUAUAGCGGUUAAUGAUGGCCGGAACUUCUCGGGGACCUUAGAACCAAACAGUUCGCAGAAAGAGAAGAGUUCGAGUGAGACACCGCCGAUCCUGAACGAGAGGUUGAAGUCAUUUUCCGGCCAUCUCGAUGGCGAUUCUCCGGCGAGGUAUUUGUCAUUCCGGCCCCUGUCGCCGGUUGGGCGGGUUUAGAUUCUUCAAAUAUAUAUAUGUCAUGAAUUAUUUUUCUUGUUCUUUUUGUGCCUCCUUUAUUGUGGUCUCUGUAAUUAAGGUGCCCGUGCAGAUUACGUGAAGAAGAAAAAAAAUUGAUGGACAAGAAAUGUUUGAAACUGUUUUAAUGGAAAUAUCUACAUUUAAUAUGAAUAAGCUAAUAAAACUUAUCAUGA